UUCUAUGGUAAAACUGUUUACCAUGGAUUAGCAUUCCUUGGUGUACACUCGUUUCCUAUUUUUGCAGGAAUAGCUUAUUUUUACACUCAAUAUUUUCAUUGUAGAGAACAUACUGUCGUAUGUAACGCAAAUAAUCCAAUAUAUUAUGCGGGUGUAGCUCUUUUAGUCGUACUUGUAUUUUUAUUUCAAUUGCUAUAUACAUUAUAUGUGUACUUAAUAUGGAAGAAAAAAAUAUGGCCUUUAGUAUAUGAAUUCAAACAUUCCAGACAUGAUGAGAUUAAAGAAAUGCACGCGAUUUAUGAAGUACAAUUUCCAUUGUUCCAUGCACAAAUUAUGAUGAUAGGGUUGUGGUUAGUUACUUACUUUAUAGGAAUAACUGGUUUAAACCUGCUAUCACUAACAAAAAGACAAAUAAAGAUUCGAGGUUUAUAUAUCAAUUAUCAAGUGCCAUUCAACAUAAUAUUUCAUUUUUAUUCGUUUUUUAUGCUCAAAGGUGUGAGGGACGAAAAACAUUACUUGAUGUUUAUCGUAUAUGUCGGAAAUGUUAUUCAAGCCAUAUUACUAUAUAUUGAUCUGAAUAGUUACUGUAAAAGAUAUGCUUUUUUAGCAAAAUUAGAUUCCCUGUCACAAUGCUUUCAGUAUAAUAUGAUUUUUGAUAUGUUUUCAUUAUACGCGUGUUUAUGUUGGAUUGUUUUGGCAUUAUCAACAUGGAACACUAUUAGGUGUCAUAUAAAUUUCAAUAGAAAUAUGUCAACAUAUAUAACAUACGAACCAACUCCUCCGGAAUUUGAAUCCGGGAGAAAAUUAGUAAUAAGAGAAUCAAAUGAGCCAAAGUAUUCACACAUCGUCUAAAUAAACAACUAAUUGAAUAUUAAUAUAUUAUAAAAUUUAAAAAUGGAUUUUAAAUCUAAAUUUUUUUAGAGAAAAUGUACAAUUCUAUUAAUAAAUAACGUAAAAGUUUAAUAUAAACAAGUUUUCCCUCUA